AUUUUUUUAAAUUUUUAAUAGCUUUAUUAGUCAUACCUUAUCAUUGUAGUUAAGUUUAUGAGAAUCGCUGUCCGUACGUAAACAACGAGAAUAUUAAUAAAUAUGUACAAAGAUAUCAUUAAAACCGUCGUGCCGGCAGUUAUGCUUUUGCUUGUAUUCUCUGUGGUGGGUAUAUUUGCCUCAUCAGAAGUAAGCAAUGACACGUCCGCCAUUGGAACAAAUACAAAUAUCACAACAACAGAUACAGCAGAUUACGUUUAUUACUACGACAAUAAACCGCUUGAAACACAACAGAAUGGGAUAACAAAGGAAGAAGUAGAAACAAUGUUCAAUACUAAAUUGGGGACAUUCAUGAAAAGAGAAUUUAAAGACAAUGUUAAUAUUGUUGCAAAGGAACUGCUAAACAUGAGAAACAACUGCAUUACCAAACACGAUAAAUAUUGGUAUUACGACUACGGUGUGAACGACUGCAGGAACUGCCUGCGUGAAGAUUGCGAAAGGAAUGAUGUGUGCGUUGCGCAAUGUGGAGAAAUUCUUCGUGUGAAGGCUUUAGAAGAAGAGUCUGCGAGUAAUCGCAAUUUAGCGAUAAUAUCACUGACAUCGGUGGGAAUACUAUUUGUAGUUGUUGUAGUUGGAUUCUCGAUGUCGACAUUCAAUAUCUACCGCUUGAGCAAGAAAUACGAAACCGUAAAACCAGUACGAAAUGUUCAACCAACGAAAGCUGAUGCCGAUGAAGCUGCUGAGAAAUUGGUCAAAGUAAUUUGUCAAACAGAUAGCGGUACAGGAUCAGCAGUGACAAUUGCAGAGGAAACUUAGCAUUUACGAUUACACUAAAGUGCUGAUGAAAACCGUCACUUCGCCCUAAUGAGAGAUCUCAAUGAACCAGCACAAGCUAUGAGGAAUCCGAGUCAGGUUAAAAAUGGAGCAAAAGAAAAGAGAGUUUUUACCGGAGAAAUAUAGAUUUGAAAUUAAGUUGUUUGACAAGGACUUGUGAAUAAUUUUAAAGAAUUUCAAUUUUAGUAGAUUAUUGGUAGUAGAUAUUGAUUGUCAUCAAUAUAUUCUAAUUGAUUUAUGUUUUAAUGAUGAUGACGUGAGAAUUUGAUGAAUUUUUGAAUAACUGUGAAUCAACUUAAUUGACUUGAUCAACUUAUCUAUAUACAAAUUCUGCUGUUGUAUAUUAUUUUUUGUUUUUGUUUGGUUUGAUUGUGAAUAAAGUGGUUGUAACUCAGA